AUGGCCGGAGCAAACAAAUGGAAUAAUGCCAUCUCCGCUAUCGAACAUAUUAUUCGAAAUAUGAAUACUGAUGAUAAACUACAUUUAGUUCAAUAUAAUUCUGUUUCAUCGGUUGUCUUCGAAAAUGCUCAUGAUCAACAAGCUAUGUUAAAGGCUUUGCAUGCACUAUAUCCAUCUGGUGGUACUAAUUUGAUGGCAGGUCUCGAUCAAGUAAUUCCAUUAUUGAAAAAAUAUUCCGAUCGAUCUAGUGUCAAGCGAUUUUUCAUCUUGUCGGAUGGACAAAUCAAUGAAGGUAUAACUGAUCAUAAUCUUUUGUUGAAAGAAAUAACAACUAUCAAAAAUACAUAUGAUGUCACAAUUUGUUCCUUUGGUAUUGGAUAUGAUUUCGAUGAAAAAUUAAUGACAAAUAUAGCUGAUUAUGGUUCAGGUGAUUAUUUUUUCAUUAAAGGUGCUGAAAGUAUGGAGAAAGUUGUCGGUAUUGCUUAUCAAGGAUUUCAAAAUCUCAUGGGUAUUGAUGCUUAUUUGAAAGUGACGACCAAGUAUGAUACACAAAUUAUUGAUAUCUACGGCUACGACAUAAAAGAACAAGAAGAACAACAACAAAUAAUACCUAUCGGAAAUCUUCGUUACAAUGAUAUGAUGAAUAUUCUAUUAGAAACGAAAGUGAAAAUAACAAAAGAAUUACAUGAAAAAUCUGAAAUCGAUUUCAUGAUUGUCGAAUUAUGGAUGACUGAUGUUACCGAUCGAAUAUUGAAAUUAGUUGCCUCGAAAACACUCCUAUUUUCCUUGAGUCGAGAUGAUAAAGAAUUGAAUGAGUUGAAUGAGAUUGUACAACGUCUGGUCGAAUUACAAAAAAUCCAACGACAUGAAAGAGAAGUCACGGAAUUAUUACGAGAACAGCGAGUGAAGGACGCAUUUGAUCUAUCACAAUCGCUAGCCGCUCAAGCGAAAGCGAUGAAGGACAAACUAGCUGACAUGAAAGUGUCGGAUGACGAUCGAGAGACAUUAGGUUAUAGUCAACGCAAAGUAAAUACGAUGGUUCGACGAUCAAUGGAAAUGGCGAAAACUUUUCAAGAUGAAUCGGAAAAUAGUGAAAAAUUAGCUAUGGUGCAUGGCUAUUACCAACAAUUGAACGAGAGACACAGCGAUGCCCAUGAAGACUUGUGA